CGCUGUUAGGACCCCUGCCCUGCCAACCGAGCAUAUCAUGCAGCAGCAGCAGUGCUAACGUGAGAGUGCUAAUUUUUCAUAAUUUCUGCGGAAUAAAGCUGAAAUAAAGGUUUCUCUUCAUGGAGAACGACAUUCUGGACUCUCUGGAGGAUUUGGGGUAUCAGGGACCGCUGUUAGAAGAUGGCGCUCUGCAGGCGGCUCUCAGCGGCGGCGCUGCGUCUCCCGAGUUCACCAAACUGUGCGCGUGGCUCGUCUCCGAACUCAAACUGUACUGCAGGCUGGAGGAGGACGUCCACGCCACCAACUGUCCAAGCGAGGCUGACGGUUUCCAGUUAGAGAUGAGCGGUUUGCUAACAGAGUUAGCGUGUCCAUACUCCUGUCUCACACGCGGAGACGUCACACACCGUCUGCUGAACGCCAACAACUGUCAACUACUGCUCACGUUCCUGAUCUCGGAGCUGGAAGCUGCUCGGAUGGCGAUGGUGAACGCUCCACAGAGGAAAGCUCAGGACGCAGGAGGAACCGUCGGCUGCAGCGAGCUCUUCCUGGAGCUGAAGGGCAUCUGUGUGGCGCUGGGCAUGUCCAAACCUCCAUCCAACAUCACCAUGUUCCAGUUCUUCAGCGGCAUCGAGAAAAAACUGAAGGAAGCGUUAUCUAAAGUUCCUCCCCGUCACGUCGGUGGUCCUCUGAUGAACAAAACCCUCGGCCCGCUUCACUGGGAGAAAAUCGAAGCUAUUAACCAGGCGCUUGUGAACGAGUACGAGGUGAGGAGGAAAAUGUUACUGAAGCGUCUGGACGUGACGGUUCAGUCCUUCGGCUGGUCGGACAGAGCCAAGAGCCAGACUGAGAAGUUGGCCAAAGUGUAUCAGCCCCUGCGUUCAGCGCUCGGCUUUAAGAGCAGAGUGUGUGUCGCUCACCUUCUCGCCGCCCGAGAGGAUUUAUCCAAAAUCCUGCGCACGAGCAGCGGCCAGACCCGAGAAAAAACCUCCUGCGCCAUCAACAAGGUUUUGAUGGGACGUGUUCCAGAUCGUGGUGGAAGACCGAACGAAAUCGAGCCACCUCCUCCAGAGAUGCCAACGUGGCAGAAACGCCAAGACGGACCGACAGGGGGCGGCGGAGGGCGAGGGGGAGGCAGGGGUGGCUAUGAUCAGCACCAAGGAGGACGAGGAGGGGGUGGAAGAGGGGAUAGAGGGGGUAAAGUACAAGGAGGCUGGUCAGAUGGUGGCAAUCAGGGUCAUUAUCAAGAUGGAGGAAGAGGAGGGUACCGUGGAGGCUACCAAGGUGGGCAACAAGGGCAAGGAGGACCGGGAUAUCCUGGAGGAGGAUAUCAAGGCGGGCACCAAGGUCAAGGAUACCAAGGUGGAGGUGGGCAUCAAGGUCAAGGUUACCAAGGUGGAGGUGGGCAUCAAGGUCAAGGUUACCAAGGUCGAGGGGGUCAUCAAAGUCAAGGAUACCAAAGUGGAGGGUACCAAGGAGGGCAUCAAGGGCAAGGAUACCAAGGUGGAGGGUAUCAAGGGGGUAACCAAGGGCAGGGCUACUCUGGUGGAGGUUACCAAGGGGGUCAACAAGGUCAAGAAGGUGGUAACAAAGGUCACUACCAAGAUGGAGGGCGACAACAGGAGCGCGGAGGAGGUAGAGGGGGUCGUGGAGGGAGAGGACGAGGAGGACGAGGUGGGCAAAGCGGAGGCUGGGGUGGAAGAGGGGGGCAGAAUUUUAACCAAGGAGGGCAGUUUGAGCAGUUCUUCCAACAUGGCGGGCAUCAGUAUAACCAGGCGGGGUUCGGGCAGGGGUUUUACUCCAGCUGAGUUAGCGAGAGAUUAUUGGGAAAUGACAUUUAGAACAAGAAUCGAUUCAAGAUCUUACAAAGGUGGAUGGCUUUGAUUUAUUUUUGAGAAUGAAAUCAGUUAUAAAGAAACAGUGGUUAAUUUUCUUGUUCUUCUGCUAACAGAUAAGCUAACUGCUUAGCUUAGCUAAGUCCAGUAUUCUAUACGACCUUUGGGACGUGUAAGACACGGAUAUUAUAUCGGUUAUUUUUUGUUUUCGAAGAAGCCUUAACUUGAUGUGGUUCCCACAGAAAUCAGUAGUGUUAAUAGCAUUAUUUAUUGCCAGCACUUGACAGCUGAAUUUGUUUCACCCCUUUUAGCACACCAUGACUCACGACAACUCGACAUACUGUUAUUGAAAUUACUUGAUGGUUAAACUGACUGCAUUGUAGUGUUUUUUCCAUUUUUGCUUUAAACAUUUGUUUACAAAUAUUGGAUGAUAACCUCACAGAGGUGGAGAGAUGUUUCUUCAUCCAGUGCAUGAGUAUUACUUUCUGUUUGAGUGGGGAGGAAAAGGGGGGUUCAGUUAAAGAAUUCCCAAAUUAGUUUGUUUGAGGAAUUGCUUUUGGAAAAGUGUUUUGAAUGUGUGUGAAAACUGACAGCAAUAAAGAAGAGUAUGGUA